UUAGCAAAUAUUGAAAUAAUAGGAUGAUAUCGUCAAAUUACGUCUAAAUCUACAUUAUUCUAGACUAGACAUUCAAGAUUCACCUUACUAGAUUAGAUCUAUCUAGACUAGACUUCUACUUCUAGACUGAAAUCUAAACCCUAAAGUUGCAUAAAAACUUAUUGAAGUUAUUGAGUAUAAUUGAGCCUUAGUUUUAGUUUUAGCAGGGCCUUGGCCUUGGGCGCCUUGGCGGCACUACUAGUACUAGUCACUAGGCCAGGCCAUAGGGCUAGCCCUAGUAAGGCUCCUAUGUAAAUAAUGAAUAAUUAUAAGUUGAAUAAAUAAAGACUACUCAGACUCUCAGUGACACUGACAAGUUAGAUCUAGUUACUAGUUGACAGUCACAGUCUUUGAGUCUACUUGCUCAGUCAUAUUAACUUUUUAACUCAGUUUACUCAGUAUUGUCAGUAACUACUGACACUGAGUGACUAGUCAGUCUAAGCUUUCCUGUUAUUUGUGAAUCUCAAAGAGUUUAUAUAUUUGCUGACAUUCAAAGUGUCAACAGUAAAUAAUAUUUGAAGUGUCCUUGUUGACCAUGGAACUACAUGAAAGCAGCUUUGUUAGCUUAUUGUCCAAUCUACGAUCAUCUACUUUAUACAAUGAGCUUUUUGUAGCAGCUCAGGAAGAGGCACAAAAAUCUAAUGUUCGAUUAUCUGACUUGAAAAAGUGUGUUCAGAGUGGAUUAGUUUCAGCAGGUUGGGAUAAGAAACUUCGCAAUGCUGUUUACCAUAUUAUACAGUCACAAUAUAAGCUUUUCAAAAGUAGCCCACUAGCUAGCCCUGAGUCAGAGAAAGAACCUAUUGCAUACAUACUGAAAGCACAGUUUGUAUGGGAGAAGAAAAUUUUAAAAAGUUUGAAUAGCAUGUGUACCGAACUAACAGUUCCUUUAGCCAGAUCAAGGUCAGAAAAAGACAAGAAGGAUUUGGCAGCCAGAUGGUCAGAACUUGGUGUAGAUGGUCCUGCUAAAAUUUGCUCUUCAGAUUUAAGUCAGAUUCGUCCAGUUUAUGCACCAAAAGAUUUUCUUGAAGUUUUAGUUGGUCUUCAAAAUCCAAAUAGUGCAAACACAGGAAAUAUGGGAACCUAUGACUUACCCUGGGGCUUAAUUCAAGUCUCACUAAAAGUGAAGACACUUAAUGAAUUGAGAGUCCAGUACAGUGAAAUGGCUAUUACUCACUGCCAGACAGGUACUGAUGACCUGCCAGAUAUACCUCCAGAGCUGUUUGAAAACGAGCGCUCAAAACUUGGCAAAAAAGUGAUAGCAGCCAACCAUGCCCCAACAGCAAGAGAAUAUUCUAAAAGAGGUUGUCCUGUAUCAAUGAGAGCAGAUUUGUGGUGUCAAAUUUUAGGUGUUGAUUUACAAAAUGUGGAUUAUUUGUACUAUGAGCAAUUGAAAAGUUAUGUUUUACAACAUGAUCUGCUAGUAGAUAGUUUGCUAUAUAAAGAUGUGAAAUUAACAGCCACAAAUGAUGAUCAAUAUUUUGUCUUUGAAGAUUUUCUUUAUCAGGUUCUGCUGCCUUUCUCUAGAGAUAGUGUUGUGUUGAAACAUUUUGCGUACAACAGUGCCACACCACCAAAGUCUUACAUCCGAGGGAAGCUUGGCAUUGAGGAAUUUGCAGUAACAUAUCCUCCUAAUGGUGUGAUACCAUUUCAUGGGUUUGCAAUGUACGUUGCUCCACUAUGUUACUUGUACAAUGAUGUUGUUCGGCUCUACUAUGUAUUCCGGCACAUGUAUGUGAACUACUUUUUUAGACUACAUAGUGUUUCUUCACAUCCUCAGGGAAUUGUAGCUUUAAGUCUUCUGUUUGAGAAACUUCUACAGGCUGAAGAACCAGAAUUAUUUUAUCAUCUUAUACAAGUUGGUUGUCAGCCCUUGAAAAUUGCCUUUAAGUGGCUCAUGAGAGCUUUUUCUGGCUUUUUAGCCAGUGAUCAAGUACUGCUUUUAUGGGAUAGAAUUUUGGCAUUUGACUCUAUGGAGAUUCUUUCAGUUUUGGCAGUUGCAAUCUUUUCAUUUAGAAAAACAAACUUGUUAAAAGUGCAAUGCAUGAGUACUGCAGAGGCUGUUCUUGCAGACUUGUUCACUCUUCAGAUAGUGCCUCUGCUUCAGUUGUCAUUAUUUUCAAAAUAAUUGUGCAGAAGUUACUAGGUUAAUGAAGAUCAUUUUGCUCAGCAAGUAAAAUUAUACAUUAAGGUUUAGUUUACAUUUUGUUUUCUAAAAUAUUCUGAUGAGAAAUAUUUUUUUUGUUGUGAUUUUGUACAUAAUAGUUUACAAGGAUAAUACUGGUACUGCGCAUCUAAUUUUUGUUCCAAUUUUGAUGAUAAUCUCACAUUUUUUAUUAUAUAUUUUUCAUCAUACACCAGACAUAGACUCAGUCUUGACAACAUUUACAUCACUCUUCGCCUGUCUAUUUACAGCAGCUUUUCUAAAUUUAGACUUACCUUCAGCCCCCAUUUCACAGCAGCUUUUCUGAAUUUAGACAUACCCACAACACUCAUUGGUCGAUGUUACUUCAACCUUAUUGAAUUUAGAUCUAUCCAUAGCACAUCAUUGGUUUAUUUCAAUAAAAUUCACAUACAUCUAUAUAAUUAAAAACUAUUUUAGUCCCUGUGGGAUAAAAUAUAAUAUCCCCAGUACAUUGUGACCCUCUGGUUGAUUCAAUUUUUGAUGACUUUGUGAUUUACAAUGGUACUUAAAACUUUUGAUCAACCCUAAAUUAAACUCACACUAUAUUUAGUCAAAGAAUAAAAUAAGCGAUAGCUUAUCAUUGUUGUUAUAUAAGUAAGUGAAAUAGCUUGUCAUUGUUGAUAAGUAAGUGAAAUUUAAAUGAUUUAUACUUAAUCAUGUUGUACUGAAGUGAAUUACUUUGCAUUUUAAAUUAAUUAUUCAUUUUUGCUUAAGUUUUCAAAUAAUAAUUAUGCCAAGUUUUGAUUUAGCUUGUAUAAAUUUGUUUACGUUGACAUGUUUGCUCAACAUAUUUCUAAACUGCUGAUGUAAACACUGGAAUGUUAUACACGUCCUGACACUUUUGGUGCUUAAAUUCUGUUCUUGUAAACUAUAUAAAGUUAUUGUGGCCACCAUGAAACUAAAGACAAUUUGUAGUUGGAACAGUGUUAAGGUCAACCUAUCAUGCAUUGUGUCAGAGUGGCAUAAAUCUAUUGGCUACUUAACUGAGUAAGCUCAAGUACAAAUCCUGUUGGUGUCUUGGAAAUUGAAAUUUGUGAUUUUACUUGACCUGAGUGUGUUAACUGAUCUGCCUUUAGGCAGCACAGAAACCUUUUCUGGGAAUAUUCCUUUACUAACAUGAGAUUGGACCACAGUGCACUGAGGAUGACUUGUACUAUUCAAAAGCAAUAAUAAUUGAAAUGUAUGGCUGGUGACUGGUACUACAGUAUGUGUUGAUAAGUUCUAGUACUCAAACAUAUCAGUAAAAUAUAAGGUACAUACAUUCAUUGACCUUUAAA